UUUACGGCAUCAAUUAUGAGAACAGGCGUAAUUCUUAACCAAUUUCGAUGAACAAGGCCUCAUCUUAAAGACGAAGUUUUAAUCUAGGACAUACUUUCGAAUUUUUGAAAAAGCUUUGUUUUCUUUUUUUUUUUUAAUCGUGUUAAAGAAUGGUAUUUCUCAAGAAUAGUUUAUGCACAAAUAAAAGGCUUUUUUUUUUAAUGAUCCAAAACAAUUACAUAAACAUAUCAUUAGUUCCUUACAAGUAUGUUCAAUGGUUUUCUUUUUUAAUAUCAGAUUUCAAAUAUAGAUAUCAGGUGACGCUACAAUCGGGAUACUCUAUGAAACUAAACAACGCGUCAACAAAGCGUAUAACCUAAUAAAAGUAAAGAACACGUGUUUAAGUUAAUUUCUUCAAAACAAUAGUGUAAUAUUUAUAUGUGAAUAUAAACAAGUUGUACAUCUGUAACAAACGAAUAUAAUAUUAAUAUAAAGCACAUUUUAUAUUUAGUUAGUAUAAAUAUAGUGAAAAUGAAACGAUUAUUAGAAGGCGUUAUAGAUGAGGUUAUUAUACAACCUAAAAAAGUGAAACCCAUAAUCGUUAAUUUUCAAAACGGCGAGCUAAAAGAUGAAGCAGCGGAGACUAUGUCUUGUGGUCUUUACUAUGAUAAAAAAAGAGAAAAGAAAUUACUGGCUGUGUCCAAUGGACAAAUUGUUUAUAAGGGUUACACGCCAGAUAAUAAACAGCAGUUUAUGCAAACAAUGCUUGUACUUCAUAAUAAAAGGACUGGGAAGAUUAGAUUGGUACAAGCAGAAAGGUGGUCUGUAAGUCCUGUUCUUGAUAAACAAGUGAUAGAUAAUAAUAAAAAUACAGAUGCUGAGAGAAUUGCUUUAUUGAAUAAACAGUUUGGUUCAAAAAAAGUAAAGAGAAAAACAGAGCAAUUUGAAAGAAUGAAGAUUAAUGUCAAUGCUGUUAAAGAUGAUCUUGAAAAAACUGUUUCAAAUAUAGAAAUAAAUCAGGAAGAUCUAGAGACACAAAUAGCAGAUAAUGAUAGUAUAACAAACAUACAUUUACCUCAUUGUAACAGAGAUGCUACUAAUGUAAAAGACGUUUAUAAUAUAAAUGAUAUCAUACCAGAAAAUAAAUUAGAAACUCUCUACGAAACAGCUAAAGAAACUAUAAAUCGUGUUCCUGAAGGCAAAUCAAAAUUUUUCACGCAUGCCUUAAGAUUUUUGAAGUCUGAUCCAGAUAAUAUAAAGAAAGUAGCUCUUCUAUUGUACAUUGAAACAGUUUCCAAAUGGUUAAAUAUACCCAUAAAGGAUGCAAAAAAACGUGGAAUUAAUAUUUGCCCUUAUUCGGAAGAAGUUAAUUCACACAUUAUUGAAACUUAUAGCAUACAAAGUUAUAGUGGGAGGUUGAGACCUGCUAGUAUGAAAGAUAAAGCUAUCAUACAUUGUAUAAUUUUAGGCUUGAUUAUUUCUGACUUCAUAAUAGAUCUAGAAUUACUUGCAACUAUGUUAAAUAGUCGAAUAGGAAUUAGGAAAUUAAUAGAUCUUGCCAAAAUAAUUGCAGCUGUGCCUAACAAAAAUGACAAGAAAACGUUCACUUUAAAACUUCCUUUGCCGGAACAAGUUACUAUGGUUAAAAAAGGAAAAAAGAAACGAUCUUAA